AUGGGGCUGUCAGGAUCGCGGACCUGCUUGGGCUACCCCGUGAGCAUCUUCUUCAUCGUCAUCAAUGAGUUCUGCGAAAGAUUUUCCUACUAUGGCAUGAAAGCAAUCCUGACGCUGUACUUCCGGUACUUCUUCCUCUGGAGCGACAACGUGGGCACCGCCGUGUACCACACCUUCGUGGCCCUGUGCUACCUGACACCCAUUCUCGGGGCCAUUAUUGCCGACUCCUGGCUGGGCAAGUUCAAGACCAUUGUGUCGCUCUCCAUCGUCUACACAAUCGGACAGGUGGUGACUGCAGUCAGCUCCAUUUCUGAGCUCUCCGACACCAACAGCGAUGGCGCCCCUGAUAACCUGCCCCUGCAUGUGGCGCUGUCCAUGAUUGGCCUGGCCCUGAUAGCACUGGGAACGGGAGGAAUAAAGCCCUGUGUGUCAGCAUUCGGCGGAGACCAGUUCGAAGAGGGCCAGGAAAAGCAAAGAAACAGAUUCUUUUCCAUCUUUUAUUUGGCGAUCAAUGCUGGGAGUUUGCUCUCCACUAUCAUCACCCCAAUGCUCAGAGUUCAAAAAUGUGGUGGUCAAGAGUCUUGUUACCCACUGGCUUUCGGGGUUCCUGCCGCACUCAUGGCUGUUGCUCUGAUUGUCUUUGUUCUGGGCAGCCGCAUGUACAGGAAGCUCCAGCCCCAGGGGAACAUCAUGGCCAAAGUGGUCAAGUGCAUCGGGUUUGCCAUCAAAAACAGGUUCCGACAUCGGAGUAAGGAAUUUCCCAAGAGGGAGCACUGGCUGGACUGGGCCAAGGAGAAAUACGACGCGCGGCUCAUCUCUCAAAUUAAGAUGGUGACCAGGGUGCUGUUCCUGUACAUCCCACUCCCGAUGUUCUGGGCCUUAUUUGAUCAGCAGGGCUCAAGGUGGACACUGCAAGCAACUACCAUGAGUGGGAAAAUCGGAAGCAUUGAAAUCCAGCCGGACCAAAUGCAGACUGCCAACGCCGUCCUCAUCGUGAUCAUGGUCCCCAUCGUGGAUGCUGUGGUCUACCCUCUCAUCGCCAAAUGCUUCAAUUUCACCCCUUUGAGGAAGAUGGUUGUGGGGAUGUUCCUGGCGUCCAUGGCGUUUGUGGCCACCGCGUUUGUGCAGAUGGAAGUCGACAAAACCCUUCCCGUCUUCGCCCAGCCCAACCAAUACCAAAUCAAGGUGUUGAAUGUGGAGAACCACCCAAUAAACGUGACUUUCUCUCAGAUGAGUGUGCUGGUUAAAAACAAUUCUCAAACAGAUGAAUAUCUGACUUUUGACGCAGACAAAUUGACAAGUAUCACUGUCUCUUCCGAUCUGUGGCCACCCACUGAAAUCCCAAUCACUAAUCUUACAAAAGGUCAGCGCCACACUCUUCUACUAGGGAACACCAGUCGCUACAAAAUGGUAAAGGAUGGCCUUAACAGCAAGCCACCAGAUGGAAAAAAUGGAAUCAGAUUUGUAAAUACUUUAGCUGUGAACGUGCAUGCCACAGUGGAGAAAGAAGUUUUUGCUAAUAUCAGCAGUUACAGUAUCAGCGAGUAUAAAUUUUUCCGCUCUGGUGUUAAAUACAUCAAAAUAAACUACACAGGGAUUCCGUCAAACUGCAAUGAUAAUGAUCUCAAAACUGUCAACUUUGAAUACGGUAGUGCGUAUACCUACGUCAUCAAACGGAAGAGUGACAACUGCCCUGAGCUGCAAGAACUGCAAGAUAUGCACCCCAACCAAGUGAGCAUCCUGCUGCAGAUCCCGCAGUAUUUCCUGCUCACCUGUGGCGAGGUGGUUUUCUCCGUCACCGGAUUGGAGUUCUCUUAUUCUCAGGCUCCUUCUAACAUGAAGUCAGUGCUUCAAGCCGGGUGGCUGUUUACCGUGGCUGUCGGCAACAUCAUCGUGCUGAUCGUGGCGGGAGCAGGCCAGAUCAGUGAGCAGUGGGCCGAGUACAUUCUGUUUGCUUCAUUGCUUCUGGUGGUCUGCGUGAUAUUCGCCAUCAUGGCUCGAUUCUACACCUACGUCAACCCAGCAGAGAUAGAAGCCCAGUUUGAUGAGGAUGAAAAGAAGAAGCAGCAGGAAAUGACUGAGCCAGAUGCCCAAACAGGUGACACCACACAGACACCCAUGUGAUCAG